GCGUGCACGAGCAUCUGUCUCUGGUGCGUUCAAAUUCAACCGUUUACAGCAGUUUCCUGUGCUUUCACUCUGAUAGAGUAUUUAUGCCUAAAAAUAAUUUUACUCUUAGCACAAUAACCAUGCACCAUCAUCAGAGAAACACUGCGAUCUGCUGACGGAGAAAUAGACCGAGUGCCUGCAUUACAGCAUCCGGAACUGGCCGCAUCGGGUUCAUGCGCCAAGGAGAUGGACCUUCCAGCUAACGGUGCCAGGCUGUGAGUCUUUCUCUGGACGCAGCUUUCUCUGGUCAUGUUGUUUGCCAGUGGUGAAAGCAGAACGUGAGGGAAGACAGACAGAGAAAGACAGAGAGAGAAGAGAGAGAGAGAGACAGACAGACCACGAAGGCUGCUUUUGUCAUCAUGUCACACCACCAUUCGCGAGGUCACCAGGGUCGCGCUGCUAGCAUGGAGGAGAGGUGUGCCACGCCUGUCCAUAAGAGCUCCACACCCACACACAAGAGCGCCUCCUCUUCCUCCUCCUCACAGAGGGACAGCAGACAGGAGGCUGACAGCUGGGAGAUCAUCGAGGGGUUGAAGAUUGGCCAGACGAAUGUCCAGAGACCUGAUAAGCAUGAGGGAUUUAUGCUGAAAAAGAGGAAAUGGCCUUUGAAGGGCUGGCACAAGAGAUUCUUUGUUCUGGAUAAUGGGAUAUUGAAGUACUCCAAGUCCCCCAUAGAUAUUCAGAAAGGAAAACUGCAUGGCAGUAUAGACGUCGGCCUGUCUGUCAUGUCGAUAAAGAAGAGAGCCAGACGCAUAGACUUGGAUACAGAGGAGCACAUUUAUCAUCUGAAGGUGAAGUCUCCGGAUGUGUUUGACGCCUGGGUGUGUAAGCUGCGUCAUCAUCGUCUGUACAGACAGAAUGAGAUUGUGCGUUCGCCUCGUGAUGCCAGCUUACGCACCUUCCCUCCUCCUGGCGGUAUAGAUUCACCGCAGACAACGCCAGCGUCUGCUCACGAACCCAAGCAGGUAAAGCCCAGCUCUCUGCCCUGGCAGCCAUCUGUGCCCUGCACCACCAGCCUACCGAUGUCCUACAGUAACGGUCAGAGCAAGGUGGCAGCAUGGCUACAAGAGUCCGAGGAGAUGGACAAGUGUGCCGAGGAGCUUGCUCAUUGUCAGUCCAGUUUGAUGGAGCUGACUCAGUUGCUGCAAAGUUUGGAAAUCCUACAGAGAACACAGUCAGCACCAAGCUUCACAGAUAUGCAGAGUAAUUGUGUAGAUUUAUCAAAGAAAGACAAGCGAGUCAGCAGAAGAUGGAGAACAAAAAGUGUCAGCAAAGACACAAAAGUGCAACUGCAGGUACCUCUGAGAACAAACAUGUCACAAAUACGUCUUCAUGCCUCAAACCCGAAUCUGUGCGCAGAACUAGCCGACUACCAAACCUCGGUCACCCGUCUGACCGAUGGCAUUGAGUGUGCCAGUGAUUACAUCAAACUGCAAGAGGACUUUUGCAUCAUUGCUCAGAAAGUGCACUCACUGCUGAAGUCUGCCUUCAACACUGUUGCUAUUGAGAAGGAGAAGAUCAAGCAAGUGCUGUCAGAGCAGGAGCUCUCCAACCAAUCAUCUCAGAUCAUGACCCUGAGACACUCUCUAUCGCAGGCGCUGUCCCAGAACGCAGAGCUGAAGACUCGCCUGAAUCGGAUCCACUCUGAGUCUGUGUUGUCAGAGCAGGUGGUCAGUGUUAACAUCAUCAGCAGCCCUGAUGAGGCAAGUGAGCAGAUCCAUGUUGGGAUACCUCUCACCCAACAGGCCUCCAAUGAGAGCAGACUCUCCAUGUCAGAAUCCAUCUCGGAGUUCUUUGAUGCUCAGGAAGUGCUGCUUUCAGCCAGCUCAUCUGAGAAUGAGGGCUCUGAUGAUGAGUCUUACAUCAGUGAUGUGAGUGAUAACAUUUCAGAGGACAAUGCCAGCGUUACAGAUAAUGUUUCCAGACAAAUGCCGAACGGAGAUGUUGCCGGGGGCGUUUUUCGAAACGGGAGGCGUACAUGUCUGCCUGCUCCGUCCCCUGACGCUUCCAAUAUUAACCUGUGGAAUAUUCUGAGGAACAACAUCGGUAAAGACUUGUCUAAGGUGGCCAUGCCUGUGGAGCUGAACGAGCCUCUUAACGCUCUGCAGCACAUGUGUGAGGAGCUGGAGUACACCGAGCUGCUGGACAAAGCAGCUGAGACUGAUGACCCAUACGAACGCAUGGCGCUGGUAGCUGCGUUUGCUGUCUCAGCAUACUCCUCAACAUACUACCGCGCAGGCAGCAAGCCCUUUAACCCCAUACUGGGAGAGACGUACGAAUGUAUCCGAGAAGACAAGGGCUUCCGUUUCUUCUCUGAACAGGUGAGCCACCACCCCCCGGUGUCUGCCUGCCACUGUGAGUCCAAAAACUUCACCUUCUGGCAAGAUGUCAGGUGGAAGAAUAAGUUCUGGGGGAAGUCCAUGGAAAUCCUCCCCAUUGGCACUGUCAACGUCAUGCUUCCCAGCUAUGGUGACCAUUAUGAGUGGAAUAAAGUGACCACAUGUGUUCACAACAUUCUGAGUGGUAGAAGGUGGAUCGAGCACUAUGGAGAGAUCACGAUCCGAAACACUAAGAGUAGCGCCUGCCUCUGCAAACUCACUUUCAUUAAGGGCAACUACUGGAGUUCCAAUGUGAAUGAGGUGCAGGGCUUUGUGAUGGACCAGGAAGGGAAGGUGGUCCACAGGCUCUUUGGGAAAUGGCACGAAGGUCUUUACUGUGGUGUUCCACCCUCUGCUAAGUGUAUCUGGAGACCAGGCUCGAUGCCCACCGACUAUGAGCUCUACUACGGCUUUACCAGGUUUGCUAUUGAGCUGAAUGAGCUUUGUCCGGAGAUGAAGGAGGUGCUGCCACCUACAGAUGCUCGCUUUCGACCAGACCAGAGGUUUCUGGAAGAGGGAAAGCUGGAGUUAGCUGCAGCGGAGAAACAGAGGAUUGAGGAGCUUCAGCGGGCGAGGAGGAAAUGGCACGAAGAAAGCAACACUAAACACCAGCCACGCUUUUUUAGAAAAAUUGUAGACUUAAACCAGAGAGAGAAAUGGGUGUCCAAUAACACAUACUGGGAGCUGCGUAAGGAUCCUGGCUUCCACAAGCUGGAAAACCUUCAACUGUGGUAGCAUCUAAAUGCUUGUACAAAAAAAAAAAAACGACAACAACAACAUAUCACCAUUGCUACAGACUCCAGAAGCUUUACCUAUGCACAGUACGGCUUACAUUGAAACGCAGCGGCACGGGACUCUACUGACGGCUCUUACGCGGCUCUCUCGGAUGGAUGGGUGGCUCAGGAUGAGACUGCACAUGAUGGCCCAUUUCUCCCUAUCCACUGUAGUAACAUACAGUACAGAGACGGGGUCAUCGUCACAGCAGCUGUCUGGGAGCUGUAGAUCUGCCCUUUGAAGCCCGUCAGGCUUCCCGUCACGCCCUUGCCUUAACAAGCCGCUUCGUAAUAACCGAGUUUUAUGCUUUUAGAGAAAUCUCUUUCAUUUCUUCAAGUUUAGACCGGCAGUGUGAAUUUUAUCUCUCGGUUACAUAGACAGUAUCUACAGAAUAUCCUGCAUGUGUAGAUGGCAUCUUUCAUUGGCAUAUGCUCUACCGACUUGUUCAAUUAUCAUUUGUAGUUUUGAAAUGUAAUGGUAUUUUUGUAAGCUGUCAGAGCUGAGAACCUCAUUGCCAGCGUAGGGACUGUACAUCGGUCCCAACAGCAGGGCACAUAUAGACCAGCCAGUUCUUUUCUUCUCUUUUAACACCAUCUGCUCUCUUUCAAAUCCUUAGCAAAUAUGAAGCGGAAUUGCAUUAUUGGAUCUAGUUUAAUAAUAAACCUCAUUUUGUCAGGUUUUAUUUCCAUACCUUCCAUAGAGCAUUCUGAUCCUACGGAAUCUGCAGCUUAAAAGGGACGGAUAAAUAUUGUAGUAGAUCCAGCCAGAAGACGUUGACCAAGUUGUAUACUUUUACACACUAAUCUUUUAAGUUUGUCCAGCGUUCCUCAGGCACAAAUACGUAACAUAUCCUCAUAAGAAAUGAUCGUGUCACUAUGUUAAGAUCUAACUAUCAUUUUUAAAUGAUUAAACGUCAAACGUUAAAGGUAAUUACAUGUUUAAGUGGGAGAAUUGCAAGAGUUUAGGUGGAUUUCAAGUGUAAAUUGUUCUUCCGUCUGUUUUGUGUGCGCGCCAGUUUCAGGACAUCCCCGCUCUCUCAGUAGCAGCUGAUCUGUUACUACAUCAGUGGCACCUAGUGGCCACCCAGUGCCACCUCUUUUUUUUUUUUUUUUUAAUAGUAAGGAUAUAGAUUUUAAAGAUUUUAAAGUCUUAAUCAAUGCAAUUAUUAAGCAGUAUAGAUGUUACUUUAACUUUAAGAUCUGUAAUAAACCUCAAAUCUUUGCUUAGGAAGUCAAAUGGCUUAUUGCUUAUUUCAGCAGCGUUUUAAAUCAGUUUCUGCUUCCAACCAAAGACAAGAUUUUAUUUUUAUUCAAUGCAAAUUUCCCAGAAAAUAUUUUGAUGUUUAAAUGUGAAUCUUGUUUCUCUGUGCACAAUUUAAAAAAAAAAAAUCAUCACCUUCAUUUAACAAACUGUUGCAGUGGUUAUGUGUAGCUCAUUGAGUUUGUGCUCAGAAUGAUGUUUCUGUUGAACAGGAGUCACAGGAGACAAUUUAGUCAUUUUAACUAGUUAGAUUAAAGACAGUGAAUUAUUAUUAUUUUUUUUUUAGUUUUUUUUUUCAUAUCACUAGAUUACCACGACUAUCAUGAUCAUUCACAUGUGGUUGUAAAAUGUAGUUACAAAUCUCUAAACAGAAGCUCUCUCACAAACAGAAUCCUACAGUAUAUACAGUAUAUACAUAUAUAUUAAACUAUCAGUCCCACUUGCUGUGCCUUACUGCAUCUAUAUAAUACUAACACAGUACUGCACUAUAAUUAUAAUGCGUAUUAAGUACUGAUUACACACUGUAUACCGUAUACCAAUGCACCUUCUCCCUGAACUAACUUUGCUGUCUAGAACAGCAGGACAUGAUUUAUUUUUGCAUAAUCUGUAACUGCAUUCCUCAAGCUAAGAAAAAAUACAGGCAUCAGUCUUUUACCUGGCUGCUAGGUCAAAGAGAAGGAAAAAACUGAUACAUUUUUAUGUGCAAUAUAUAUGCAAAUGGUGCACCACUUGUGGUUUUACUAAAUCUGUCAGGCAGCACGAGGGACAUAUUCACUGUAGCAUACAGUGCAGUUAAAUGUUAUUGUCUUUUUCCUCUGGAUAUUCAACCAUGAGUCCGAUCAUCUUUUAAUAAUGAAAGCUUUGAUUCUAGUAACAACUAAUCCCCGGUAUGAAAAUUUUAAUUUGAUAUUCUUGUCAAAUGGUUAUGUAUUUAAAGAAUAGAAAAGCCCAACACAUUACAAACUGAGACUGUGCAUCUGAUUUAUUAUUUUAUUAUUUUCUACCUGCAUGUGAACAUGACAUUGUCUGCCAGUGGGCAUUGAUGAUGCCUUUCAAAAAUGUUUUUUUUUUUUUCAGUAGCAGUUUCUUUAACAAUUUAUUUAUUCAUUGAUUUUGAUUACAUUAAGGUGAUCCAUACUACUGUAAGUGGUGUGUUCUGGCUGAAUAAUUUCCUUUUUACAACGGGUCUCAUUUGAUGAAGUGCAAUUGUAUAAAUGCAUAUUUCUCUUUCCAUGAUCACUGUACACCGCUGCUACCUAGUGCUUGUUCCAAUAUACCAAACUGC